UGGUCAGUAUUUUUUUUUUCUGGCCUCUUCCUGGCCUCUUCACAGUUCACAUUGACCCACAAUGUAGUGCUGCCCCUGGAAAGCUAUACCUCCCCCCUAUCAGCUUCCAAGUUCCACCUUACAUCUUCUUCCCCUCGCCAAUGCUGUCACUGCUCUGAUCAGAACAAACCGACCCUCACUGUUCUACCGGCCUCCCUAGAUGGCUUCUGCAAACAACUGGCUGGGCUUCUCGCUCUCCGGCCAGGAAACCCCGCAGCCUAAUCAGGAUAGUUCGCCUACCGGCACCGCCAUCGACAUCUCCGGUGCCAGCGACUUCUAUGGCCUGCCUACGCAGCCAACCUCCGAUGGGCAUCUCGGCGUGCCGGGCCUACGGGACGAUCACGCUUCUUACGGCAUCAUGGAGGCCUUCAACAGGGGCCCUCAAGAAACCCAAGAUUGGAGGGGUCUAGACUACAACGGUGGUGCCUCGGAGCUCUCGAUGCUCGUCGGGUCGAGCGGCGGCGGCGGCGGCGGCAAGAGGACCGUGGAAGAGAGCGAGCCCAAGCUAGAGGACUUCCUCGGCGGAAACUCGUUCGUCUCCGAGCAAGAUCAAUCCGGCGGCUACCUGCUCUCCGGAGUCCCGAUGGCCAGCGGGAGUAACACCAUGGAGCUUUCCAUGAUCAAGACCUGGCUCCGGAACAACCAGAUGCCCCAGCCGCCGCCGCCACCUCCGCAUCAGCCGCAGCCUGAAGAGAUGAGCACCGACGCGAGCGCGAGCAGCUUUGGCUGCUCUGACUCGCUGGGAAGGAACAACACGGUGGCGGCUGGGAGCUCGCAGAGCUUGGCACUCUCGAUGAGCACGGGCUCUCACCUGCCGAUGGUUGUGGCCGGGGGCAGCGCCAGUGGAGGGGCCUCGGAGAGCACGUCGUCGGAGAACAAGCGGGCGACCGGCGCCAUGGAUUCGCCCGGUGGCGCGAUAGAAGCCGUCCAGAGGAAGUCCAUCGACACGUUUGGGCAAAGGACCUCUAUAUAUCGAGGUGUAACAAGACAUAGAUGGACUGGGCGUUACGAGGCUCACCUCUGGGAUAAUAGCUGUAGAAGAGAAGGGCAGAGUCGCAAGGGUAGGCAAGUUUAUCUUGGUGGUUAUGACAAGGAGGACAAGGCAGCAAGGGCUUAUGAUUUGGCAGCUCUCAAGUAUUGGGGCACUACAACAACAACAAAUUUCCCAAUAAGUAACUAUGAAAAAGAGCUAGAGGAAAUGAAACAUAUGACUAGGCAGGAGUACAUUGCUUAUCUAAGAAGAAAUAGCAGUGGAUUUUCUCGUGGGGCAUCGAAGUAUCGAGGAGUAACUAGACACCAUCAGCAUGGGAGAUGGCAAGCAAGGAUAGGGAGAGUUGCAGGAAACAAGGAUCUCUACUUGGGCACAUUCAGCACCGAGGAGGAGGCGGCGGAGGCCUACGACAUCGCCGCGAUCAAGUUCCGCGGGCUCAACGCCGUCACCAACUUCGACAUGAGCCGCUACAACGUCAAGAGCAUCCUCGAGAGCAGCACGCUGCCCGUCGGCGGAGCGGCCAGGCGCCUGAAGGACGCCGUCGAGCACACGGAGGCCGGCGCAACCAUCUGGCGGGCCGACAUGGACGGCGGCGUGAUCUCCCAGCUGGCCGACGUCGGGAUGGGCGGCUACGCCUCGUACCACCACGGCUGGCCGACCAUCGCGUUCCAGCAGCCGUCGCCGCUCUCCGUGCACUACCCGUAUGGCCAGCCCUCCCGCGGGUGGUGCAAGCCCGAGCAGGACGCCGCAGUCGCGGCAACCGCGCAGAGCCUGCAGGACCUCCAGCAGCUGCACCUCGGCAGCGCCGCCCACAACUUCUUCCAGGUGUCGUCGAGCUCGACGGCCUACAACGGAGGCGGCCCCAGCGGGUACCAGGGCCUCGGUGGCAACUCCUUCAUGAUACCGUCGAGCACCGUCGUUGCCGACCAGGGGCACAGCAGCACGGCCAACCAAGGGAGCACCUGCAGCUACGGGGACGAGGAGGGGAAGCUCAUCGGGUACGACACCAUGGUGGCGAGCGCCGGCGACCCAUACGCCGCGGCGAGGAGCGGGUACCAGUUCUCGCAGGGCUCGGGAUCCACGGUGAGCAUCGCGAGGGCGAACGGAUACUCAAAAAACUGGAGCUCCCCUUUCAAUGGCAUGGGGUGAUCGAUGAAGAGGGCAGAAAACUAGUAGCUAGUGGUAGGGGGAUUAGCUAGCUAGGCGAUCAAGUUUAGGUUAUAGUAUUUGAUCAUCAUCGUUGUGUUUCAACGUACUCAAGUUCUGGUUCAGCAUAAUUAACCCACGAUGCACGUACGUAAGGUGCUGCCUUCUGGAAGCUGGUAAUUGCAGGUCAGGGUAAGUAAAGUUAGUGUUGUAAGUUAUCCUGACUUGCUGUUAGUUUUGGGUAGUUUCGGAAGGUCUGCAAGGUAAUCUUCAGAGGACACAGUGAUCAUCAUCGUGCUAUGAGAAUAACUUCAUCAUAUUCUUUUGUGAUCAAGU